AUGGUUGCGAUGCUUGUUCACCAGUGCAUAAGCCCUUUAUCGGCGCAGGUCGACCGGAGGAACAUGCAGAAACCUAGACAUUAUCCCUCUAUUUCCUAUGUUCUUACAAAGCCAACAACCAGUACAGAGAUAACAUCUGACGAGUCCAAGAAUCUUUACAAAGAUAACUGGUUUGAUCGUCUUGCCAUUAAUCAUAUCUCCAAAAGCUUUCAAGCUUCAACAGGAUUCAGAAGCAGCAAGGGGGGAUAUGAUGGCUUUGUGGAAGCUGCAACAAUGGCGACAAAGUUGUUUACUCCAACCGAGCAGCAGAGAAUUGUCAAUCAAACACUUGAUACGGCCUUUCCUAGGCCUAUACUUAAGACGGCAAGUUCAUUUUAUCCUCCAAAAUAUAUAUUUUGA